AUGAGCUAUUACAGUGGCAACUAUGGAGGCCUAGGCUAUGGCUACGGUGGCUUUGGAGGCCUGGGCUGUGGAUGCUUCGGAGGUUAUGGCCAUGGCUCUGGCUUGGGCGGCUUGGGCGGCUUCAGAGGCUAUGGCCAUGGCUGCCACCGCCCUUCAUGCUGUGGAAGAUAUGGAUUCUCCAGCUUCUACUGA